UGAUUUUUUUUUUCCCUGCAACAAUCCAUACUUGUAUUUUGAAACAGUGAUUUGUAUUUAUAAGGAACGGCUAUAAAAAUAGUUUCAAAAAAAUCCUUUGAUUUGUAGUUCUUUAACUGUAGCAACUGAGACAAAGAGAAGGUAAAUGAUCAUCUGGUAGACAAGCACUAAACUCCAGCUCCCCUGAUUAUUUGGCUUCUCCAAUCUGCUGGCUGAAAUUUCCUCCUUUACUGCAGGAAACGUAGUCAGUGACUAAUAAGUGUUUAUUGAUCUCUGCUUGAGAUACUUGCUGAGAAAUGUAGAUAUCAAUGAAUAUUUGGUCUGAAUUAAUGUUAAGAACAAAAGUUUUUUUCCUUAUGGCCUCAUUUAUGCAGGGUAUCCAUGCCUGCCUCAUCACUUAUAAAUGACAGCUGACUCUACAAUCUGAUGAGAAGUGGACUUCAGUGAGACAAACUCUAAUGAAUUAAUACGCUACUAAUUGUACUUUUUCUUAGCUAAAAGUUACCGGUGUAGUUGUUGCUUUGAAGGGUAAGUCAAAAUAUCAUUGAUUCUCAGCAGCUGUACUUGGUAAGUAGAAUAUAGGUCUAAUUCAAAGCCCAUUGCAAUCAAUUAAAGGGACUCUCUAUUGAUUCAAGGAGCCUUUAGAUUCUUUUCUAAACCAGGCCCGGUUGGUGUUGUCUUUAUUUUCUCCUUCUGUAUUCCACCCCUUUUGUUUUGUGCCCUUCCAUCCUGCACAUGUGCUCUGGGGCGAAGGGGCUAAGACAGUCUUCCUUAACAGGUGACAUCAGGGAUACUGUUUUCCUCCCUCUCCUCUUGUUCCUCCCAGUUCUUGCAGAAGCCAACAGACACGGUGUAGGAGACUGGAAGAAAAGGUGGGCCCCACAGGAAACAUGGAAGCACAGGCGCAUCUGGGGACAGCCCCAGAGGACCAGAGCAGACCCAAGGACAGUGACAGGGAUGCUGAGGAUGAGCUCCUUGCCUGGGAUUGGGAAGCUGCUGAGAGCACUCUGGAUCCUAAGUUUGGGAACAAUAACAACUACAUGAACAUGGCUGAGGCAAAUAAUGCAUUUCUUGCUGCAAAUGAGACGUUCCACACGCCGAGCCUUGGGGACGAGGAGUUUGAAAUCCCACCCAUUACCCCCCCGCCCGAGUCCGACCCUGCACUGGGGAUGGCAGAUAUACUGCUGCCCUUUCAGGGCCUUGGUGACCAGCUGCCUGCGCAAGGAAAUGAGUUUACACCUCAGUUCCCCCCCCAGAGCUUGGAUCUUCCCUCUAUUACAAUAUCCCGAAAUCUCGUGGAGCAAGACGGUGUCAUCCACAGCAAUGGAUUGCAUAUGGAUCAGAGUCACACACAAGUUUCCCAGUACCGCCAGGAUCACUCUCUGAUUAUGAGAUCUAUUGUCCAUAUGACUGAUGCUGCUCAUUCCGGGAUUAUGCCUCCGUCUCAGCUCACCACCAUUAACCAGUCUCAGCUAAGUGCACAGCUGGGGCUAAAUUUAGGAGGCACUAAUUUGCCACACACUUCUCCCUCCCCUCCUGCAAGUAAAUCAGCCACUCCUUCCCCAUCCAGCUCUAUCAAUGAAGAAGAUGCAGAUGAAUCAAAUAGAGCUACUGGAGAAAAAAGAGCUGCCCCGGAUUCUGGCAAAAAGCCCAAGACUCCAAAGAAGAAGAAAAAGAAAGACCCCAAUGAGCCACAAAAGCCAGUGUCAGCAUAUGCCCUUUUCUUCAGGGAUACACAAGCUGCAAUUAAAGGGCAGAACCCGAAUGCUACAUUUGGAGAUGUUUCCAAAAUAGUGGCAUCUAUGUGGGACAGUUUAGGAGAAGAACAAAAACAGGUAUAUAAAAGAAAAACUGAAGCUGCCAAAAAAGAAUACCUAAAGGCACUUGCUGCCUAUAGAGCAAGCCUUGUUUCUAAGGCUGCUGCAGAAUCUGCUGAGGCCCAGACAAUUCGUUCUGUUCAGCAAACGCUGGCAUCCACAAAUUUGUCUUCCUCUCUUAUUCUGAAUACUUCUCUUUCUCAACACGCAACGGUAUCUGUAUCUCCUCAAACUCUUCAACAGCCCCUUCCCAGAGCGAUUGCUCCAAAACCCUUGACCAUGAGACUGCCAAUGAACCAGAUUGUAGCUUCUGUUACGGUUGCACCAAACAUGCCAACAAACAUUGCAGCUCCACUGAUGAGCUCUAUGGGAACAAAUAUGGUGGCAACGCCGUCUUCGUCUCAAGUCAGUCCCUCGAUGCAAAGCCAGCAGCAGCAUUUACAGCAGCUCCAGCAGCAACAGAUGCAGCACAUGCAGCAGCAGCAACUACAUCAGCAUCAAAUGCAUCAGCAAAUACAACAGCAAAUGCAGCAGCAGCAUUUUCAGCACCACAUGCAGCAACAUUUGCAGCAGCAGCAGCAGCAUCUUCAGCAGCAGAUCAAUCAACAGCAAAUGCAACAGCAGCUGCAGCACAUACAGCUUCAGCAAAUGCAGCAGCAGCAAAUGCAGCAGCAGCAAAUGCAGCAUAUGCAACACCAGUCGCAGCCUUCUCCUCAGCAGCAUUCUCCCGGAGCCUCGCAGAUCACGUCUCCCAUCCCGGCCAUUGGGAGCCCUCAGCCAGCACCUCAGCAGCACCAGUCGCAAAUACAAUCUCAGACACAGACUCAAGUAUUAUCGCAGGUCAGUAUUUUCUGAAGAUAAGUGGUCUUGCAACAUGGCUUUGUGUUGAUGGAGGGGGUAGGGGUAAACCAUAUUUGGCUGAAAACUGUAAAUUGUUGAUGGUAGUUAUGCAGGGAUGCAUAACAGAUCAAAUGAUCCUCUAAACUGUCUAUUAGAUAGGCAAUAAAGAACUACAAUGUAGCUGUGUAUCAUCUUUUAGCUGACUAUAAAUCAUUUUGUUUAAAAAAGAAAAGCUGUUUUUCAUGUGAUGCCUUUUUAAUUUAUUUAAGCUUUACCUACAAUAUGUGAAUCAACUGGCCUAAUAAAUACCUGGACCUUAUGACUGCAAAAUGGCCUUUCAGAGUUAUAUGCUAUAACCCUUGUUUCUCUAAAAGUGAAUAAUGCACUUCAAGGCAGUAUGAACUCAUGAAGCCCUUAAAGCACAGUUGUAACUACCUGUAAAAUGAUGAUUGGAUUUCAUACAAUCGUACUUGUAUGACAUGAGUUAGUUGAUGGCAUUUUUUGUCAUGAAAAAAUAGAGUAAAUCACAGAUUUUUGCCAAAGCUCUUACUUUUUUUUCUCUCCUAAAUGUCUUCAGAAAAACAGAUGCAAGUAAGUGGACUUAAAUGUUUGACCCAACCUUUCACUUCAUUUCUCCAAAUAAACCUGCCAUAGUUUGUAAGAAAAUAUAUAUUGACAUUUACCCUCUUACGUUAAUUGAAUUACAGAACAAAUGUGAAUAUUAUAUUCUGUGUCGAAGUGAUGAGUUUCAGAUUUAAUACACUGUAUUUUUAAAAGGGAAAUGCACUUAAAUAGAACUGUUAUUACAGAAAGCUAAGACAAGAAAUGCAAGAGUUAUUAAUACGCUGUAAAACCAGUAGAAUAUUUAAAAGAAACUCCACAACCGAAUAAUCAAUGUAAAUAUUUUCUUUAAAAGUUGUAAGUUUUCAUAUCAUGUGUUGUAAAGUUUUCAUAAAUGAGGCUUUAAUGUAAACACUGGUAACAUGAUUUAUUAAUUGCUACAUUGCUUAUUGUGUUUUUAUGCUGUUUUAUACUUUUUUAUGAGUUAUGAUAGCAGCAAUUAAGUUGUUUGUAUUUUGCUUAUCUAAAAUAAAUGCUUUUAUCUUGCUAUAGAAUAAACACAUUUCAGUAAAA